GUUGGCAUUACGAUUUCAACGAAGAAAUCGGAAAAGAUAGGCAAACACUAUCAAACACUAAACUUGCCCUUUUUGCUUUUUUUGACAAUUCAAAAUGUAUUAAAUGUUCUUGCGGCACUAUGUUCGACUCUCUGGAAUAAUAUAAAUGACUGUGAUGAAACAUUUAACUACCUUGAACCCCUUGGGUUCAUCAUUGCCCCACAGAAUAACACUGGUUUCCAAACUUGGGAGUAUUCUCCUCAAUUUGGCCUGCGAUCCUAUUUAUAUCUUUGGUUCAUUGGGUGGCCAGCAUUUUUGUCGGCCCAUUUAGGGUUAUCAGGAUGGUUUCAAUUCUUUGUGGUUAGGUUGUUUUUGUCGCUGCUCUCUUACCUCUUUCCUGAAAAUCCCUUUAAGAGGUGCACUUUUGGAAUCAUAUUUUCCAUAGUUCAUUGUUUUUCGCCUGGAUCUUUCAUAUCUUCAUCAUCUAGUGUACCAAGUGCCUUGGCUGCGUCCGUGACUUCCCUAAUGUUGAGCGCAUGGAUCAGUGGACAUUUAUUUUACAGUGUUGGUGCCGUUGCCUUUAGCUCCAUUGUUUUGUGGCCGUUCUCAGCCUGCCUUGGGAUACCUUUGGCAGUGUCCUUCCUGCUAUCUGGGAUGGUUUACCAAUUUGUAACGUUUUCUGUAUUUUGGGGUCUUGUCUUUAUCUUCCCAAUGCUACUUAUUGAUGGCCUUUAUUAUGGUAGGUUAAUUUGUCCGGCCUGGAAUAUAGUAGCAUAUAAUGUUCUCAGCUCUUUAAAAAAUCGAAGCUUGUCUCAGCUCUACGGGACAGAACCCGCAAGUUUUUAUGUUAAUAAUUACUUAUUGAAUUACAAUGUUGCAAUUAUUUUCGUGCUUAACUUUGGAAUCCUGACUUUCUUAUACCUACUAUUAAAACAUUGUAAUAAAACGGCUGAGACUUUCCAUCAAAAAGCGUUGAAGCUUUUUUUUGUUUCUUCUGCACCGUUUCUCAUUUGGAACGUGGUGUUUUUCAGCCAAUCUCACAAGGAAGAACGCUUUCUUUUUCCUUGCUUUCCUUGUAUCGACUUGCUUGUCACGCUGAUUCUGGCAUUAAUACAGGGAUACAGCGCACCGAUGUUUCUUACACAACAUCUUCCAUUCAAUGAUGACCCGAGAGUUCUUUGUAUCGGACGCGACUGGCACCACUUCCCCAGCCACUUUCUUCUGCCCGGUGGUAACACCGGAUGGAGAGUUAACUUUCUGCGUUCGGAUUUUGACGGUCAGCUCCCAGGGAAGUAUACGGAAGGCGUUGGCGUCUUCAAUGCAACUAGAUCCCCUAGCAGUCACUUUAACGACAUGAAUUUACCUGAAGAAGGCACAUACUUCAAUGUUGACAAGUGUGAUUAUAUUUUCGACCGGUUUUCAAAGCCAGGGAAAAAUGAGGUGCAGUACUCCGACGAUGCAAAGACAUGGUUUCGGAGAGCAUUCUAUUUACCGUUUUUGUUUAAAUCUGGUAAUGUCUGGAAUGAUAUGCAUAUCCUGGAAAGAAUUAAGUACCCAUGA